CUCUGGGACAUUGCAAAUAUCGUCAGCUGGCCACAAAAUAAAGAGAAAUCAUGCCUGGAGCUAGGCAUAAAAUCCUGGGGCAUGUCCUCUCAGGAUUCUGUCAUAAAAUGAACAGACGUAAGCCUAUUUAUGGUGACUCCUUGGAUACUCCGCUCAACCGCUGCCUUACUACUUUUGAUAUUACUUUACUCGGUGUGGGUCAUAUGGUUGGAGCUGGUAUUUACGUCCUAACGGGAGCAGUAGCGCAUAAUAUGGCUGGACCAGCGACUGCUCUUAGUUUCUUACUUGCUGGAAUCACGUCUACUUUAGCCGCACUGUGCUAUGCUGAGUUUGGCACCAGAAUACCGAGAGCCGGCAGCGCAUAUGCCUACACUUACGUCAGUAUUGGAGAGUUUUGGGCCUUUAUAAUCGGUUGGAAUAUCGUACUGGAAUAUAUGAUAGGUGCUGCUUCAGUUGCCAGAGCAUGGUCAGGAUAUUUAGAUGCUAUGUUAGAUGGCGCAAUCAGUAAUGCAACAAUAUCUGUCACAGGCGAGCUUCAUGAAACUCUGCUCAGCAAAUACCCAGACGUUUUAGCCUUCCUCAUAUGCAUUGUUGCAUCUUUAAUCCUAGCUGUAGGUGUCAAAACCUCCGCAUACAUUAAUAAUGGCCUUACGAUUUUAAAUCUUGCGGUAAUCUCUCUCGUAAUAUUCUUAGGUUUUUAUUAUGCUGACCUUAGUAAUUGGUCCGAGAAGAACGGUGGUUUUAUGCCGUUCGGUUUUAGUGGAGUAUUAGCGGGUGCGGCUACUUGUUUUUAUGCCUUCGUUGGGUUCGACAGUAUAUCUGCAUCAAGCGAAGAAGCCAAGGACCCUUCUCGCUCCAUACCGAUCGCAACUAUUUUAUCCAUGGCCAUGGUAGCUUUUGGUUACAUACUCGUGGCAAUAGCUUUGACUUUAAUGGUACCGUACAAAAGUAUAAAUCCAGAUGCAGCAUUACCAGCUGCUCUGGGCGCUGUGCACGCAGAUUGGGCUAAAUAUGCAGUAGCUGUCGGUGCAGUGUGUGGAAUGACUACCACUUUGUUAGGAUCGCUAUUCUCAUUACCUCGCUGCCUGUAUGCUAUGUCAGCAGAUGGUCUGUUGUUCGGUUUCCUAAGCGAUAUGAGCAACAAAUCUCAAAUACCUAUAUCAAAUCUGAUCAUAUCUGGGUUUUCAUCAGCUUUGAUAGCUCUUUUAUUCGAUUUAGAAAAGCUUGUUGAGUUUAUGUCAAUCGGGACACUGUUGGCUUACACGAUUGUAAGUGCCGCUGUGAUUAUUUUGCGAUACCGACCUGCACCGCCAGAAGAAAAGGGCUUUGGUCCACCUCAGUUGGAUUCACCUAUUGACAGAGAAGACAGCUCUGCGACCGGCACGCCUGGGACUGACGGCGGGUCUUCUUCUUCGGAGAUGUUUGAAGCCCUCACCGUGGGUAGAUUACGCCCACAAUACGCAUGGUUGGAGCCGAUAGCUGGUGGCCGAGCGCCCGGCAGCGCUGUCACAAGCUGCGUCUACACUUUCACAGCGGCUGCAGCGGCUUUAUGCGCACACAACCACUUCUUAGCGGAACCUGCAGGACUGUGGGCGCUCUUGCCGGACUUCGUCCUCACAUUUAUUAUUAUUGCAUGUUUGGUGAUAAUAUGGGCCCAUCAGCAAAGUCCAUUACGACUGCCGUUCCGUGUGCCCUGGGUGCCGCUUCUGCCAGCCGCCAGCGUUAUGCUCAACGUGGAACUGAUGGUCAAUCUCAACGCACUUACUUGGGCACGUUUCGCUAUUUGGAUGACAUUUGGGUUUCUCCUGUAUUUCCUCUACGGAAUCCAUCACAGCAAGUUGGGCGAGGGUGUGGCUGGUUUACUGUCUCGCUCGGGAAGUGGAACGGCCCACAGUUGGGGAGCAGUGGACAAGACCAGCUCGCUCGCAAGGCGCGUAGGACGAUUAGGCCGCGGCAGUAAGAGUGAUGACCGAAAACCUAUUAUUUCCGACGACGAACUUGCUCGAAGGGAACCGUGAUUUUAAAUGGCCGGUAAGAGAUCUCGUGCACUAGUACGCCAAGUCUGAAACUCCUGGCCGCUUUAGACCAGAUUUUUUAUGAACUAUUAAUUCUUCUACAGCGUAAUUUGUAGUUUGAUCCAGUAGGAUGCGUAUUUCAGUACCUGGACAGGUAAGUUCACAUGGACAUGUAAGUGCUUAGCGUUUGUAUUAGCGUCUGCGCCCCAUAGCUUGACACGAGAACUAUCUGGCACGCCAUUGAUUCCAACGUCCAGGAUAACCGAGCACGAGAUACUUUACUACAGGAUAUACUUUAAAAUAUUGUUCCCACGUUUUCAUACUACGACAAAACACCAAGACGCAGUAAAAGUUCAAAAAGCUUCCUUAAGUAGUUGAUAAAAUAUAAUUCAGCCAACUGAUAUUAAAAGUUUGUCAACAACGUUUCAAGUUGCAGGAAUAAUUAAAGUUCCUCUAAGGCAAGAGUGAAUAGGCAUAAUCAGGCUAGAUAGCCGUCAAGCGAAAGACUAUCUCAUAUUUAUAAAAAAGACCAGACGAAUUGGCCAAAGCGUCCUAACAUCUUGGUGUGUUAUCGAAAUUAAUAAUCCUUUCCCUAAGACGUAAACUCACCAUCCAGCCCCUUCUGCAUAUUCGAACGCUCAAAUGCAGUUUGUUGAUACGCUGCAUAUGGUUCAGGUGGAUUUUCGGCGUUUGGACGUUGGGUGGCGCAAACAUCAGAGGAGUUUGCGGCGUUGCAUGGUCGCUUGCGUCCGUUGUUGUUGUUGUCUUGGAAUACCUACUACUAAUGUGCGAGAUCUUUUCCUAAUUGAUACUACAUAUUUG